AUGGAAAUACCGGUGAGCUGGCGCGGGUCCGGGCAGGGUCAGCACCCUCAUCCCCACGGACGGGGGUCGCUCAGGGUUUCCCCAUCCAGGCUUCUCUGCAACCUGCCCAGGAACAGCCCGCGGGACUUUCACCCCAUUUCAUUCUGUUUAGUUUAUUCCCGGCGGGGUGACCGCGGGGUGACUCGGGCUGGGACAGGGUCUCACACCUUCCAGAGGAUGUCUGGCUGCGACUUGGGGCUCGACGGGCACCUCCUCCACGCGUACAGACAGUUCGCCUACGAUGGCGCUGAUUACCUGGCCCUGAACGGGGACCUGCGCUCCUGGACCGCGGCGAACAUGGCCGCUCAGAUCACCCAGCGCGAGUGGGAGGCCCAGGGGGAGGCAGAGACAUUCAGGAUCUAUUUGGAGAGCUGGUACUUGAUGUGGCUGCGCAGAUUCCUGGAGCAUGGGAAGGAGACUCUGCAGCGCACGGAUCCCCCAAGGACACAUGUGACCCACCACCCCACCUCUGAGCAUGAGGUCUCCCUGAGGUGCUGGGCCCUGGGCUUCUACCCUGCGGACAUCACCCUGACCUGGCAGCGAGAUGGGGAGGACAUGACCCAGGAGAUGGAGCUGGUGGAGACCAGGCCUGGGGGGGACGGAACCUUCCAGAAGUGGGCGGCUGUGGUGGUGCCUUCUGGAGAGGAGCAGAGAUACAUGUGCCACGUGCAGCAUGAAGGUCUGCUGGAGCCCCAAGUCCUGAGAUGGGUGCCCCCUCCUCAGUCCUCCAUCCCCACCGCGGGCAUCAUUGCUGGCCUGGUUCUCCUUGGAGCUGUGCUCCCUGGAGCUGUGGUGGCUGCAGCUGUGAUCUGGAAGAAGAAGCACUCAGGAGGACAAGAAGGAAGCUACACUCAGGCUGCAGGCAAUGACAGUACCCAGGGCUCUGAUGUGUCUCUCAGCCCCUAAGUAUCUUUUAUAAUGAACCUGAUGAAGCUCCUGUUGUGCACACCCUGGACAGCAGGGUGAUGGUGUCACUGUUCUUCUUAACUGUGAUAUUGAGCAUUUGUUCAUAUUUUUAUUUUUCUAUGUCUACAUAAGUUGCUAUGUCUAUAAAUAAUAAUAAAUAAAAUAUAAUACAUAAAAAGAUUUAUUCAUGCAUACUGGGGUACAGGCCAGAUGCAUGGGAGGUGAUAAGAUUCACCAGAGACAGAGUGGGGAGCAGAACAGGCAGACUGAUGAAAUACACUGCUGAGGGGAGCAGCAGGUGAGACAGGAAAGGUCUGCUGCGCCAUGUGGGAUUCUCGCCCGCCGGCCGGGAUAGAACCUGCACUGCAGAGGCUGCGGACAGCUUCACAGUGCUGCGCUCAACCACCAGCGCCACCAGGGGAGGCUCGGAAGUCAAUUUUUUUUUUUUUUUGCUAUAUUUAUAACACUUUUUUGUCCUUAUUAAAAUUGGGUUAUUUCUUGCUGAUCAUUGAGUUUUAAGCAUUAUUUGUAAAUUCUUGAUACAGUCCUUCAUCAGUUUUGUGAUAUGCAAAUGUUUCCCCACACUCUGUGACUGAACUCCUUUACUGUCGGGAAAACAAGCAUUAUUGUCCAGACAGAAGCAUGGAUAUAUUUUUUUAGAAAAGAAAAGAUAAAUUGCUAAUUGGUUUUGAGUAGAUACUGCUGACUGG